AUGCUUUUGCAAUAUGGGCUUCAAGGCUGUCUGAUUGUCUUUUUACAAUUUUUCACAUUGGUGUCGUCAUUGGCCACCACUUCCUAUAUUUCCCUCACAUCAAAGGAACUUCUAAACGAUUCCGUUGACCUACUUAACGAUGCCAAUUCCAAAGAACCUGUUGUUGUCUUCCAGUUUGAACAAUUCCCACUUUUUGAAAAAUUGAUAUCAUUAAAUUCCAAUGUGAAUUGUCCUUUCUUUACCAAUUUCUUUAAAUCCAAUGAAAUGGUCAAAUUCACAGAGACUCAAUCAUUAGAUUCGGACAACUUGACGGAUGACAUGAAUGUGCAAGUUUAUGACGUUGGGACGUUGCCUCAAAGUACUUCCGAAUUGCUGUAUGAUAGUUCCCUGGAUGAUAAGGUUGUCUUUUGGUUUAAUUUUGAAAAUUUAGAAUAUAAUUUGGAUGAUUUGGAUUCAUUUUUGGAAUCUUGUUUGAUUUUCUUGGAAGAUUCAUUGGACACUUCUGUCAAUGUAUUGAUCAAUAUUGUCGAUGAAGGUGUAAGCGUGGAAGACUUGCAAAUUGAAGCCGACUCUUCUUUCAAUGAAAAGAGAAAGGAAACAAAACAUAAAUCAACUAAAGACGAGGAUGAACAUGACGAUUCCUUAAGUAAGAUUUGGACCGAAGGAUUAUUGAUGUGUCUAUUGGUUUCAUUACUACUACUUAUUAUCCUCGUCAUUGCCAUUAAAUGGAUGGCAAGUAUGGAUAUUAGUUACGGUGCAUUAGAAAAAUCAACAAACCCAUUAAAGAAGACUAAUUAA